UUCAUAGAAUCUCAAGACAUGUAUUUCCUUGGACUACUGUUUUUGCUCGUUUUGCAAAGUAAGGCCUUCAGUACAAAUUUUCCCGAUGAAACCAUUGCUGAGCUUUCUGUGAAUGUUUACAAUCAGCUGCGAGCUGCAAGAGAAGAUGAGAAUAUUCUUUUUUCUCCUCUGAGCAUUGUAAUAGCGACGGGAAUGGUAGAGCUUGGAGCCCAUGGAACCACCUUGAAAGAAAUUCGACAUUCCUUGGGUUUUGACAGCUUAAAAAAUGGUGAGGAGUUUGCAUUCUUGAAGGACCUGUCUGAUAUGGCAACUACUGAAGAAAGUCAUUAUAUUCUGAAUAUUGCUAACUCCCUCUAUGUGCAGAAUGGAUUUCAUGUCAGUGACAAAUUUUUGCAGUUGGUGAAAAAAUACUUUAAAGCUGAAGUAGAGAACGUAGAUUUCAGUCAAAGUGUGGCUGUAGCCACCCACAUCAAUAAGUGGGUGGAGAAUCAUACAAAUAGUAUGAUCAGAGAUUUUGUGUCAUCAAGGGACUUUGGUGCUCUAACUCAUUUGGCUCUAAUCAAUGCAAUCUACUUUAAGGGUAAUUGGAAAUCACAAUUCAGACCUGAAAAUACAAGAACUUUCUCUUUCACUAAAGAUGAUGAAAGUGAAGUGCAGAUUCCAAUGAUGUACCAGCAAGGAGAAUUUUACUACGGGGAGUUCAGUGAUGGCUCCAAUGAAGCAGGUGGCAUCUAUCAAGUUCUGGAAAUACCAUAUGAGGGAGAUGAGAUUAGUAUGAUGAUUGUUCUUUCCAGACAGGAAGUUCCACUGGUCACCUUGGAACCACUGGUCAAAGCCUCGUUGAUUGAUGAAUGGGCUAACUCUGUGAAAAAACAAAAAGUGGAAGUAUAUUUACCAAGGUUCACAGUAGAACAAGAAAUUGAUCUGAAAGAUGUUAUGAAAGGUCUUGGAAUUACGGAGUUAUUCAGCAGUAAUGCUGACCUUACUGCAAUGUCUGAAAACAAAGAGCUUUACCUUGGAAAGGCGUUUCACAAAGCAUUCCUAGAAGUUAAUGAGGAAGGAUCAGAAGCUGCUGCUGCCUCAGGAAUGAUCGCCAUUAGUAGAAUGGCAGUGCUGUAUCCCCAAGUUAUAGUUGAUCAUCCUUUCUUCUUUUUGGUCAGAAACAGAAGAACAGGUGCAGUCUUAUUUAUGGGAAGGGUAAUGCACCCUGAAGCAAUGAAUGCAAGUGGCCAUGACUUUGAAGAACUUUAACUACCACCAGCUACCAAAAAAAAAAGGAAAUAAGCACAUGAAGUUUGAAGUUAAUAUAUUUGAGGUUUGCUGUGUUUUUCCCCAAGAUACUGUUUGAAAGCCUUUCAGGUUUAACUGUGGUUUAAAUUGCCAGACAGUUUCUGGAAGCUUACAGUAUUAAAAUAAUGGUCUGUUUCUGUAAUUGUGAUUGCUGUGUCUUUAAAAUAAAAUUGUGUACAUGUCAACA